GUCAAGUCCUCACUCGACACACACACACGCCUGCACGAUGCGGCCCCUUACCGAACCCGAGACAAAGGUGCUCUUUGAGAAGCUCGCAACCUACUGCGGCAAAGGCAUCUCGAAUCUGAUCGCCGACCCGGCUGGCGGCAACGACCGCAAUGUCUUCCGCGUGCAGGGCUCAAGAUGCUACUACGUCCGCGAAUCGCUCGCUAAUCUCGCCACUUCGGUAGCCCGCGACAACCUCCUCUCUCUGGGCAUCUGCCUCGGAAAAUUCACAAAGACGGGCAAAUUCCGCCUGCACAUCACCGCUCUCUCUGUCAUCGCGCCGCACGCACGCUACAAGGUCUGGGUCAAGGCGAACGGCGAGAUGCCGUACUUGUACGGCGGAAACGUGCUGAAGGCGCACGUUGGAAGGUGGAGCGAGGACUGCCCAGAGCACCAGGGUGUUGUGGUGCUGAGCAUGAACGAUACGCCGCUCGGCUUCGGCGUCAGCGCGAGGAGUACGGCAGAGGCGAGGAAGCUGGAUCCUACGGGUAUUGUGACGUUCAGGCAAGCCGACAUUGGAGAGUACCUGCGCGAAGAAGAUACGCUGUUCACGACUUGAGCAAGGAGCUGAACUUCUCGGCAGCUUUUCAAUCACACCGGCGUUUGGGUGCGAGGGGAAAAGUCAAGGCGCGAGCGGGUCGCAUGAGCGCGAGCAAAAGCAAGCAUGGCUUCUGUGGGAGCAUUGCCCUGGUACAGGAGGCCAGUGCUCUCGAGAUGUGUGCAGGCUAGAAGAAAAGAUACCCAGCAAUAGACUCGAUUGUUCAUCAUUGCAUCUGUACCGUAGUCCUGGGCCGCAAUGUUAACUACCAACCUGAGACGUCCUGCA